GACAGUUUGCGCGCGUGGGCCAUUUGUUUACUUCGCUUCUUUAUUGUUGCAAUACAAUACAAAACACAUUAAUAGAAGGUAUUUCUCUUCAAUUGCGAUUGUGCUAUUGCAAGCCGCUGCCGCAACAUUAAUACUAUCGCAGCGCUAAGUGUGUUUUUGAAUUGUUUUAAUAAUCCUACCCGACGCACAAUCUCGAGCUAAACAUCAAAUGAUUUUGAAACGGUGUGCUGGAACUGUCGUUUCCUCGAACACGCACGAACACGCAACGGCGAGAACGGUAAUACUUACGUAGGGGGUUAGAGCAUUUUGGGGGCGAGAGGAUGGCGCGCAAUAAGUCGGCAAAGAAGGCCUCCGCAGCCCAAAAAACACGGAGCAUUACAAAGAUGAAAGCAAACGCGAUCAAACUAAAGAGAUCCACCGGCACCAAAAAGAAAUCUCGCAAAGAAUUGGCCGAACAGUUCAAAAAGAUCCAGAUGAACGGAAGUCCAAUGAGGACUCGGAAACAACUGCGGGAAAAACAGCAAGGAAACCCACAACAGGCCAGUUCAGCAUCAGCCAUCAACACCACCAACAACAAUCACCAACCGAAAGGAAGUAAAGCGAAUAGCUCUACGGAACAGAAGAAACUUCAUAAAUCAGCUACCGAUACGAUACUGAUCGAAGAUUCAGACGAGGAAAAUGUUGCCAACGGUAACGGCCAAACUCCAGCGCCUUUAUUCUACCUUGAUCGAAACCCCGGCAUAAAGGAAGCAGAAAUUCCGCUGUACGAAGUUUACCAUGAGAUUGACUCUGGCCCGGCAUCAAGCGCGGAUCGCCGUCCGGCCACUAAUCCCGAGGAAAGCGUAAUAAUAGUGCUAGACAGCACUAUUGAUCGGACGGUGAACGAUAGCAUGAAGGAGAUGCAAAUCGAAGCAAAACCCGUUGUGGGGUCGUCUACGGAUCCUGUAGCCAGUAGUAGUGCCACCAGCAGCAGCUCGAAUAAGACGACCAACGUGCCAAAAGAGACGGAGUCUAAAUCUUCAGCUUCCGCUGUGCCUCCUGUCGCCACGGAAGUGGCGGAAGUUAUCGAUCUCAGUGAUUACUCCGACACGGAGCCAAUGUUUUCCAACGUCCAGACAUCAACUCCUGCCUUUCCCUCGCAGAACUGCAUUCCGCUUGGUUUUGAUGUGCUCAAACCACAGCCCACACGGAAUGGUGGCAAUCAAAAGCCAAAAGCCAAAAAUCGAUGGGACAAAGCGGUCGGACAGCCCGUGCCAGCGGCUAAUCAAAACGUUCAGCAGGCUGCUCAAGGGAAGAAGCGGAUGGUAAUCAUCGAUGGGAACAAUGUCGCGUUUGGCCAUCUGAACGGAAAAAUGUUCUCCGUCAAGGGUUUGGACUUGUGUAUAAGGUACUUUAAAAAGCUCGGCCACGAGGUGACCGCCGUCGUGCCUCAGUUUAGGUUGAAGAAGCAUCAAAGUACGGAUUACGUGUUGCUGGAAAAACUGAACCGUGAUGGCGAUAUAACUCUAGCGCCGUGCAAGAGUCUUCCCGGACAGUUUUCCUCUUCGUAUGACGAUCGGCUAAUAUUGUCCGUAGCGGAACAGUUUGAUGGAGUCAUCAUAUCGAACGACAACUUCCGUGACCUUCUUGAGAUUUCGCCAGCCUGGCGACGAAUUAUCGAAACUCGCGUCAUUGGCUACUCGUGGGUAAAAGACUGUUUCUUUCUACCGGACGACCCGUACGGACGCUACGGCCCUACGUUACAGCAGAUUCUGAACGGCAAAUCCCCAUAGGGAAGGCGGACACACUUUAUGUACAAUCACGUUUUUGUUUUUGUUGAAACAGUUGUAAGAAAAAUAAAAUGAAAACGAGAAAUAAUUUAUUUCUUACGCGAGAACUACCUA